GACAAAGAAGAAGUAACCGUUACUGUCAAGAGGAGGGAAGAGAGGAGCUGAGCCAAGGCCGGCCUUAUCAUCUGUGCCUUUCAAAAUUUUGCUUCACAGCAAGGGAACGCAUUCCUCUCUUUUUCGGUCAAUUCCUUGAAAGCUCGGACUCUUCGUCAAAUAUAUCUGACAUUCCUCCUUUGAAUUUCAUCACCCAUCAGAACCCAGUUCUGGUUUGUUAUUAGACUUUGCGUGCUCCUUUCUGCAUUUCCAAGCGCCAGAGAAGAUGGCGAGCCAUGAUCAGGAACACGUGGGGUGUGAAGAGCUCUCUCUUGCUCACCCUGACCCUGUUGUGUUAGAGCUCAAUCGUCUGGAGAACUUACUCAGAGAGAAAGAUAGGGAGUUCGGGGUUGCUCAGGGUGAAAUCAAGGCUUUGAGGGGGACUGAAGCUUUGAAGGAAAAGGCUAUAGAAGAGCUCACAAAUGAAGUUAAUAAAAUGGAAGAGAAACUCCGAGUCACUGAAAAUCUUCUUGAACAUAAGAACCUUGAAAUCAAGAAACUAACGAGUGAGAAGAAAGAAGCAUUGGCUGCACAGUAUGCUGCUGAAGCAACCCUUAGAAGGGUGUAUGCAAAUCAGAAGGAAGAUGAGUCUCUUCCUAUUGCCUCAGUCAUUGCUCCUCUUGAGGCUGAAAUCAAAAUGUAUAAGAACGAGAUUGUAGCACUGCAGGAGGAUAAGAAGGCUUUGGAACGUCUCACUAAGUCAAAAGAAUUAGCUCUACUUGAAGCAGAGAGGAUAUUGCGAAGUGCUCUAGAAAGGGCUUUAAUAGUGGAGGAGGUUCAAAAUCAUAACUACGAACUGAAGAGACAGAUUGAGAUUUGCCAGGAAGAGAACAGAAUCCUCGAGAAAACGAAUCGCCAAAAGGUUUUAGAGGUUGAAAAGCUUAGCCUAACCAUUCAAGAACUUGAGGAGGCCAUUCUAGCUGGUGGAGCUGCCGCUAAUGCUAUCCGUGACUACCAACGGCAGAUAGAAGAAUUACAUGAGGAAAAGAGGACUCUGGAGAGGGAGCUGGCAAGAAACAAAGUCUUAGCAAACAGAGUAGCAACUGUGGUGGCUAAUGAGUGGAAAGACGAAAAUGACAAAGUUAUGCCCGUCAAGCAAUGGAUUGAGGAGAGAAGACUACUGCAGGCAGAGAUGCAGCGGUUGAGAGACAAAUUAGCCAUAACAGAGAGAACAGCUAAGGCAGAAGCACAACUCAAGGAUAAAUUAAAGCUGAGACUUAAGAUAAUUGAAGAAGGUUUGAAGGAUGUCUCGAGCUUCUCAGUCAAUCCUAAUAGGUUUUGUGGGUCUCCGAAGACAGAGAAGUCCAGUAACUUUUUUGGCUUCUUAACAAGCAAUGGUGGGCUAAGAAAGAGGUCUACAUCCCAGCCAAGGGCUUCUACAAUCAGUAGAAGCUCUCCCUUGCAACAGCCCAAUGUGGAAACUGAAACAGCCCAUGUUGCUGGAGAGCUAAAACAAGCAAAUGGCUUAAAAAAGAAAUACGCUUCUGGAGAAAAUAUGAUGAGAAAAGGUAUAUGGGCAUCUAGAAGUAAGGUUGUUGAUAGCAGUGAAAAAGAGAACGCAGAAAUAGAGGCACACACAGACACGAAUAUCAGUAAGGGCAAUGAUGAUGAUACAACAGCCUCACCAGAAAUCAAACCCAAAAGGGGUGGCAAUGAAGAUCCACAAAACAAAGAAAAUAAUGAAGAUAUGGUCUCAGGAUUUCUGUAUGACAGGCUUCAAAAGGAGGUCAUCAACUUAAGGAAGCUUUGUGAAGUAAAAAACAGUACUUUGAAUGCUAAGGAUGAAGAAGUAAAGAUGCUCGUGAAGAAGGUUUAUGCACUGACAAAAGCCAUCGAAGUAGAGUCUAAAAAAAUGAAGAGAGAAGCAGCAGCUAGAGAAAAGGAAGCUGCGUCAGUGAAGGUGGAUGAUAACAGAAAGAACAGAUUUGCAAACUCAUCUAUAAGGGUAACAAAAGCAUCCUGAAGAUAUUCCUUUCCUUACAUUGGAGAGAGUUGAAAUGGUUAGGAAAUCAUUUUAUUUGGCAACCACAUUGUGUGAUUUUUUCCAAUGCACAUACACAAACGAAAUUUAGCCGAUGAUAGCAAGAAGAAAUAAAUAAAGGUCUGAUUGGUAAAGGGGGGAACCGACUUUGUACAUCCUAUGAUGGUGUUGAUUUGUAUUUUCCUGUGCUUGAGAUAAUGUAAUGGUAUACAAUACGGUUUCAUGGUUCAUUCUGGUGAAUAAAUUAUAGUCCAAUUUUUUUGGCUUUUUUU